UCCCCAGCUCAGCGGGAGUUUGCCGCGUGAACCGCUGAAAGGGCCGACGGAUGAAUGAACCUCCCACCGGGCUGGGGGGCCCCGGGGCUCCGGGGCCCCGCGGGCCUGAGAAUCUCGCGGACGCUCCCCGCAGCCUGGGGCGCGCCGGGUCCUUUCCGCGAGACGUGGGGCGCGGGGCUCCCCUGGCUCCUGGCUCCCGGAAUCCCGCGGCGACUGCGGGGGCGAGCGGAAGCCGGGGCGGCGCUCCCAAGAACCGCCCGGUGGCGGAGAACCUGGACUGUGAGCCCUGGGUCAGAGAGAAAGUGCUCUUUCUUCUGCACCCAGAAAGAUGGUUGGGGACUCCAGGGGACCCUGCGCGGGAAGAAGCGGCCGGUGAGGAGGACUUCUUCCAGGCGGCCGGAGACGACCGGGAACCCAACUGCCCUUCCCUCUUUCCGGGAAAAAAGGGAAUUUCUGGCAGCCGUGUAGACGCUCCGUUCGGAGCCCCGCCGCAGGACCCCGCAGCCCCGCCCAAGUCCGUGCUCGUGCGGAUCGUGGACUAUCAGGUAACAGAGGAAGUCCUGUGGACCGCCUGGACGCAGGGCCGCAUGACCAGGCGCACGGAGGAGCACUCCAUGACCGCGAUCACGUUUCGCACCAACAGGGAAUGAAGCCGGCUGUGGGGCGCCAGUCCCCCCGA